CUGUUGGCUUGAUUUGAGCUUAGAUUAGGCAAAACGCAAUCAAAUGAAUGACCUUUCUGAAUAAUCCAUAGUCAAAUCUAUAAUCUCCCUUUCAAGAACACCUAACUUUUUAACUCUUCAAUUCAAGUGCAAGCAAAACCUGAAUCUUUCAUCGUCUCCAACCCUCUUCUUCACAAUCCAAACAUCUUCGUCCACCUCAAAGAAGCAACAACAGAGAUUGUAACAAUGUACGUGGAUCACGCCUUCUCGAUUUCGGACGAGGAUAUCAUGAUGGAAACCUCGUACACCGUCAACAACAAACCCCCCGUCAAGGAGAUCGCCCUUGCCGUCUCCCUCCUCGUCUGUGGCCUCCUCGGCAUCAUCAUCGGUUCCCUCAUGGCCUACAACCAUGUGGGCGGCGACACUGCUCACGGGGUCUUCUUUGCAAUACUUGGAGUAAUCUUGUUCAUACCGGGUUCCUACUACACGAGGAUUGCUUAUUAUGCUUACAAGGGAUACAAAGGGUUCUCUUUCUCUAACAUACCCCCCGUGUAGCUCUGCUGUCUAGAUAUCUCUCAUAGGUUCAAAUAGCCUCUUCAUGUACAGAUAUUCCCUGGUUAUGCUCUAUAAUAUUUCUUUCUUUUGUUUUUUUGUUUCUUUUGCUGACAAAUGACGAGUGUUCAGAUUGUAAUUUGUAGUUGCUCUAUAUGAUACACUGCCACUUUAUAUGGUUGAAGUUGUUUUCUGAA